UGCGAGAAGGCACGCAGAGGACUCCUCUCCUGGAAGCACCGCGGACAUACGACAAAGGGAUCGUGCAGAGCCCCGGAGCUGACCGCAAGGGUGCUGGAGAGAGACUGGGCACCUGGAAUGGGUAAAAGUCUGACGUUGCAAACCCGUCUUUCGUGCCCCAAAGGCUGAGUGAGUCUGGCCCGUCUUGUAGCCCAGUCCGCGGACCAAGCUUGUCCAUCUUGUGCUAACGGUCAGAGCACGCGCCGCCUCCUGGGAAAAAAGAUCAUCAGAAUUAAAAGAAAAGUGAUCUUCAGAAAAUUUUUCAAGGCAAAAGGUUUUGGGAUACUCAAGAGAAUCCUCUCGCCUUGCCUCAAGAGAAUUCAUUCAGAAUUCUGUGGUGAGAAUUAGAACUGUGAGCCAAGAAGCUCUGAGAGAAAAAAAAAGUCCCUUUUGGUGUUCAGACCCCAUUGAGGAGGAGCAAGUAGUGAGAAAGAAAGUUCUCUCAAGAAGAGAUUCAGAAAACUCCUUUGCUAACACUUACCUUAUUUGGUUUUUCAUGAAUCCCACCUGAGGUCUCUUACAAGAAUAUAUUAAAUAAUUUGGUGGGAUAAAAUUCCUCUAAAUAGUACGAUAAAAGCUUUUGAAUGAAAAUCAGAAAUUAAUCACCAACAGAAAUCUCACGUAGAAGAGAAAUCCAGUUGAAUGAAAAUCCCACAACUACGUUGAAUAUCAUUCACCAUCAGAGAGUCCACUCAGGAGAGAAAGAUUUCAAUGUGCUGCAUGUGGAAUAGGCACUCAGUAUUACAAAAUCCGGGGUGAACACGUACUUAAUAGAGGCCCUUCAAAAGUGAAGAAUAUUGCAAGAGCUUCCAUGAACACUCAACAUUAUGAAACCACAGAAUUGUUUACAAUAAGAGCAAUUUCAUAGGUAUGUUGUAUGGGAUAGUGUUCAGUUGCCACUUACGUUUUGUUUCACAUACUGAAGAGCUCACCAGAGGAGAAACUUUAUACCUGUGAUUAUUGUAGGAAAGGCCUGAGGGACCAUUCAUUAUUACUGUACCACUAGAGAAAACAUACUAGAGAAAAACACUACAAAUGUGUUAUCUAUGAGAAUUGUUUCUGUAAUAAGUCAAAGCUUAAAAUGUAGCAGGAGGAGGUGUCCUCAGCUCUGGGACUACUUGGGGCCAGGUCUAUGUAAGUAAAUAACUUCCUUUUUGCACUUGAGUCUAAAGAAGGACCUUGUUGUGGGUUUUCCAAGAUGUUUUUUUUCAUGAAUAGCAAGCACAGAGCCUUCAUUUUCUGAACUGUUCCCAUGUGGUUUAUUCUUUACUUUCUCAGUUUGGGAUAUCAUGAUGGGAACUAAAUGUGACUGCUGAUGACUCUGGAUAUAAGAUAGAAAGUGAAGCCACUCGCAUGAACCCUUUGAGUUCUCUGUCUUCCCUUCCAUCUCCAAGGGUCAUGGCUUUGCUUGACUACUGCUUUUCUGGUUGUGAUGGAAGUCCAGAGGAAGACAGUUUUUAUCUGAGCUAUUGACAAUGCAACCCCUGGAGUUAGUGAACUUGAAAGAUGUAGUUGUAGACUUCACCCAGGAAGAGUGCGCCUUGCUGGAUACAUCACGGAGAAUGCUGUUCAGAGACAUGAUGCUAGAGAUUUUCAGUCAUAUGUCUCAGUGGGAUAUCAAGUCUGCAGAUCGGAUGUAUGUUCCCUAUUGACGCAAGGAGAAGAAUUUUGGAGAGGAGGAAUAGGAUUUCUCCAAAACCAGACUUGAGGCAGGGAAAGUGGCCUUUAAAAAAAAAAAAGAGAAGUAAUAACCAUAUGAUAUCUCUGCAGGAAAGACACAUCUAUCAUUAUAUCAUCAGGAAGACAAAAUAGAGAUAGCAUUUCACCAGAGAAGAAGCUGAAUAGUAUAGGACUUUGGGAGAGGAACAUAGGUUCUGAAGCUGGAGCCUACCUCAGAAUCUAGUUGGCCUCCCUGUCUCCUGCAGUUUUGGUUCAAUUUACUUAUCUCCUGAAAUUAUCAAUGGCAUGAAAAAAGUUCACCUUCAAAACAGGGCUUUUGCUAGAGAAAGAAAGAAGCUCUGAGCUCUGAAGUGUAGUGACAACAUCCUCAAUAGAGGCUUGGCUGAAUUGUCUUUCCCUGUCUGCCUGGGUUCUGCAUUGUCUGCUUAGUGCUUGGACUGCCUAAGAGUGAAAUACCAGAGGAAGACUGUUGGCAGUGGAACUAUUGACAAUGCAACCACUGGAAUCAGUGACCUUCAAUGAUGUAGCUAUAGACUUCACCCAGGAAGAGUGGGCUUUGCUGAACACAAACCAGAGAAAGCUGUUCAGAGAUGUCAUGCUAGAGAAUAUUAAUUAUCUGGUAUCUGUGGGAUAUCAGCUCUGCAAAUCAGAUGUGAUUUCCCAAUUAGAACAAGGAGAGGAACUGUGGAAAGAAGGAUUAGGAUUUCUCCAAAGCCAAAGUCCAAGUAGGGAAUAUGACCAUAAGAAACAAGAAAUGAUAACCAUGCAACAUAUCUGCAAGAAGGACAUAUCCACCAUCGAGUCAAAGCAGGUUUCUUACAUUGCAGAGGAUCCCUUUGAAAGUAAUGAUUUGGAAGAAGAUUUCAUUCACAGCUCCACAUUUACUCAAUAUGUAUUAACUGACAUGGGAAAGAAACCCUAUGUGAGCAAACAGUUUCAAAAAGCCCUCAAUGACCAGUCAUCCUUUAGUCAACAUCAGCAAAUCCAUAUUAGAGGUAAAUCAUAUGAUUGUCAUCUAUGUGGAAAAGCUUUCAGAAGUAGUUCUCUCCUUAGACAACAUGAGAAAACUCACACUGGAGAGAAGCCAUAUGGCUGCCAUCUUUGUGGGAAAGACUUCACUAAUAGUGCUAAUUUUAGACGACAUGAGAGAAUUCACACUGGAGAGAAACCAUAUGGCUGUCAUCUAUGUGGGAAAGCCUUCAGUCAAUCUUCCAACCUUAGGCAGCAUGAGAGAACUCACACUGGAGAAAAACCGUAUGGUUGCCAUCUAUGUGGGAAAGACUUCAGUAAUAGUGCUAACUUUAGACGACAUGAGAGAAUUCACACUGGAGAGAAACCCUAUGAAUGUCAUCUAUGUGGGAAAGCCUUCAUUCAGUGUUCUACCCUUAUAAAACAUAAGAGAACUCACACUGGAGAGAAACCCUAUGAAUGUCAUCUAUGUGGGAAAGCCUUCAGUCAGUAUUCUACCCUGAGACAACAUGAGAGAAUUCACACUAGAGAGAAAAGAUAUGAAUGCCAUAUAUGUGGGAAAGACUUCACUGAUAGUUCUACCCUUAGACGACAUGAGAGAAUUCACACUGGAGAGAAACCAUAUGUCUGCCAUCUAUGUGGGAAAUCCUUCAGUCAGUGUUGUACCCUUAGAAGACAUGAGAGAACUCACACUGGAGAGAAACCAUAUGUCUGCCAUCUAUGUGGAAAAGCCUUUAGUCAAUGUUUUCCCCUUAAGCAGCAUGAGAGGACUCACACUGGGGAGAAGCCAUAUGAAUGUCAUCUCUGUGGGAAAACCUUUAGACAUUGUUCUGCCAUUAGACGACAUGAGAGAUCUCACACCAAGUAUGUUGUGAAUAUGGAAGAGUCUACAGCUGUAGCCCUAACCUUUUAAAAAAUGAACGAACCCACACAGGAGUUAAUUCUAUGUCAAUGUUAUCUAUGUAAAUGUCUUUAUAUAUAAUCUAUACUUAAACAUGAUUUAGUACACUGGGAAGAACCCUAGGUAUGUAGUUACCUGUAGUAGAUUUCAGUUGAGCUCCAGCCUUGGUGUGCACAAUAGUUGAAAGUAGGAAUAACUCCUCAACCAGGGAAUCACACUAGAAAGUCUUUAUCAGGAGCUGGAAACUCUAGAGAAAUAACAGAUAAUGUUUGUGGGAGUAUUCAAUGAAAAAAAAAAAACGUGAAAAAUCUUUUACUUACAGCACAUUUGUAAAAUAUGUAAGGUUUCACAUUGUAUAAAA